AAGGAAACAAGCAGACGGAAGUGACGUCUUUUAGCGCCAGCCUCUUCCGCUCUCUUUUCGUUGAGGCUCAGCUUGCGGCCGGCCUGCAAACAUGCAGAUCUUCGUGAAGACGUUGACUGGGAAGACCAUCACCCUAGAGGUUGAGCCCAGCGACACUAUCGAAAAUGUAAAGGCAAAGAUCCAGGAUAAGGAAGGAAUUCCUCCUGAUCAGCAGCGUCUGAUCUUUGCUGGCAAACAGCUGGAAGAUGGACGCACAUUGUCUGACUACAACAUCCAGAAAGAAUCUACCCUGCAUCUGGUUCUGCGUCUGCGUGGUGGCAUCAUCGAGCCUUCACUCAGACAGCUUGCCCAGAAAUACAACUGUGACAAGAUGAUCUGCCGCAAGUGCUAUGCCCGUCUGCACCCCCGUGCUGUCAACUGCCGCAAGAAGAAGUGUGGGCACACCAACAACCUUCGCCCCAAGAAGAAGCUGAAGUAGACAUUUCGACUGCAACAGCACUCAAUGCCAUUUUGUGUUAAAAUAAAUGUAAGAAGAAGAAAUGGUGAA